AUGUCUCCAGAAGCAACAAAUGCUUUGAUUGCAUUUGAACCAGUCUCGCCACGACUCAUAGCAGCUCGUUUUAAUGCCAAGGGAAGGAAAACAACUUUAAUUCAGUGCUAUGCACCCACAAAUGCUGCAACAGAUGAAGAGAAAGAGAACUUUUACAGCGCCCUGCAAGCUCAAAUUGACAAAUCACCAAAAAGAAAUAUAAAGAUAGUGAUGUAUGAAGCACUCUCCAGCCUGGCAGAAGAAACAAUAGAGCAAAAAUGGCUAGGAAAACAGGAACUAUGGAAGUCAAGUGGCACUGACAUGUUGGGAAAAAGAAAAAAUGAACAAAAAGAAUGGAUCACAGCAGAGACAUGGGCCAAAAUUGAAGAUAGAAAAGAGAUAAAACAAAAGAUGAACAAAUGUAAGGAUGAAAAAGAGAAAAUAAACCUCAGAACACAUUAUUGUCAAGUAAAUCGCAUGGUCAGGAAAAGUGCAAAAGAAGACAAAAGACAGUUCAUACAAGAGAUGAUAGCGGAGGCAGAAACUGCGGCACGACAAGGAAAAAUGAAGAGGCUCUAUGAAGUAACUAGGACCCUAUCAGGCAAAAAUAUUAAUCCCAACAAACCAGUAAAGGAUAAAGUAGGAAAUAUCUUAACAAUUGACACAGAACAGAGAGACAGAUGGGUACAGCACUUUGAUGAGAUUUUAAACCAUCCUCUCUCAUCAAACAUCCCUGAUAUCCCACCUUCAAACCACCUACUAAAUGUGUGUACAGAUCCACCCACAAAGUUAGAAACAAUAAGAGCAAUAAAGAACAUGAAAAAUGGCAAAGCAGCUGGCCCGGACGGCAUCCCACCAGAGGCACUCAAGGCAGACCCAGCCAUAUCAGCAGACAUACUACAUCCUCUACUUAAGCAGAUUUGGGAAGAAGAUAUAAUCCCAUCUGACUGGAAGCUGGGAUACCUGAUAAAACUGCCAAAGAAGGGAGACCUGACAUAA